GUGUCGACUGGCUCCCUCUUUCGGCAAUUAUCGAUAGAGCACUGGAUUUUUUUUUAUUUUUUAAUUUUUUUUUCUUUGGGGAAGUUGGGGAGAAGAUGGCGAACUACGAGGACGAACCUAGUGAUUUUCAAGAAGUAGCAAUUAUACAAGAAAUAUAUGAAGGAGAAAAUUCUCAUGAAGCUUUUGAGAAUGAAUUAGAGAGAGCAUUAGAAGCCGGUUGUGCCACCAUCAUUAUCGAGCCUUCACGAUUGGGAGAAGAGACAGCACGGUGGAUAUCCAUAGGCAACUGUCUCCACAAAACUGCUGUUUUGAUGGGAUUCGGAUCCAUUGCUUCUACGUAUCUGUGGCCUGAUAAACUUUACAUCUGCUGUCCAAUGGGUUGUGUUAGUUUCUUCUGUUCAGGAUUAUAUGGUGUAUCCUGGCAAUUUGAUCCCUGUUGCAAAUAUCAAGUGGAAUAUAACUCUAAAAAAUUAGCAAGACUACCUUUACAUACGCUAAAUUCUACAUCUCCCGUAGUAUUGGUGAGACGCGACGACUCAAGACGGAAAUUACUGCACACGACGAUUAGUUUAAUAGCAGUCGCACACUGCGCAUGGUUGAUAUACAAAUUGUAUAAAUAGUAAAAGCUUGUUGUUAUAUAUGACUGUCAAAUUAUUAAAACAAGGAUGUGUUUUUAAAUGAG